GGCAAUUUUGUAAGACCGACUGACUGUGUUGUAUAGUUGCGUCUACCAAGCGUGCUCGCUACUCAGUAUCUCGUGCUGCGAGCCGGCUAACUUUUACGACCACCAAGGCCGAAGUUUUUAGUUUGUUUAAGUCCUACCCUGGCGGUUUGAGAUCUGAAAGCCGUUUAGUACCCGUUUUAAAACUGGUUUCAACGGCUUCAGCCACAGCUGGGCGACAGAGAAAAUGAGUAAAGCAGCAAAAGGAAGCGCCGAGGAAAAAGAAAAUUUGUUUGGGCGAAGUCAGAGCUACCGUGUCGCAACGACACCCCUAGUGAAUGAUGGUGCGGGUAAAAAAGAUGGCGGAAAACCCGCUAAGAAGAUGUCAAAGCGAAAAGCCAAGAAACAGGAAAAGAAGGAAAACCUUGAGGAUCUCAAGAAAGAAUUAGAAAUUGAUUGGCAUACAAUCGAGUUGGAGGAAGUAUGCAGGCGUUUAGAAACGAAUGUGGAAAGGGGUCUUAGCAUUGAAAAAGCUGCAGAAGUUCUUGAGCGAGAUGGCCCCAACUCUCUGACUCCCCCACCCACGACCCCUGAGUGGGUGAAGUUUUGUCGUCAGCUGUUUGGUGGUUUUGCCAUGCUGUUGUGGAUUGGUUCUAUUCUCUGUUUCGUCGCCUAUACUAUUCUUGUAUUUACAGAAGAGGAACCACCUUCAGAUAAUUUGUAUCUUGGGGUUGUAUUGGCUGCUGUAGUGAUUGUGACUGGGAUUUUCUCAUAUUACCAGGAAGCCAAAAGUUCUCGUAUCAUGGACAGCUUUAAGAAUUUGGUUCCACAGGAAGCAAAUGUGUUGCGCAGUGGUGAAAGACACACCAUCAAUGCAGAAGAAGUGGUUGUUGGUGAUAUAAUUUUUGUGAAGGGUGGGGACAGAGUUCCUGCUGACAUCAGAGUAGUGGAAGCCAGAGGCUUCAAGGUGGAUAACUCCUCACUCACGGGUGAAUCUGAGCCCCAGAGCAGAGGCCCUGACUGUACCAAUCAAAAUCCUCUAGAGACCAGAAAUCUGGCUUUCUUCUCAACAAAUGGACUGGAAGGAAACUGUGUUGGUAUCGCUGUACAAACCGGAGACAACACUGUCAUGGGACGUAUUGCUAACUUGGCUAGUGGUCUUGGCUCUGACAAAACUCCAAUCGCUAUUGAGAUUGAACAUUUCAUCCACAUCAUUACUGGUGUUGCUGUAUUUCUUGGGGUCUCCUUUUUCAUCAUUGCCUUUAUUCUGAAGUACAACUGGCUGGAAGCUGUCAUCUUCUUGAUUGGUAUCAUUGUGGCCAAUGUACCAGAAGGUCUUCUUGCAACUGUUACAGUGUGUUUGACCCUAACAGCCAAGAGAAUGGCUUCCAAGAACUGCUUGGUGAAGAAUCUUGAGGCUGUGGAGACUCUUGGCAGUACAUCCACAAUCUGUUCUGAUAAGACUGGUACACUCACUCAAAACCGAAUGACUGUGGCCCACAUGUGGUUUGAUAACAUGACAAUUGAGGCUGACACAACUGAAGAUCAAUCAGGAGUUUCCUUCGAUAAGAAAUCAGAUACAUGGAGAGCACUUGCUCGAAUUGCUGGACUUUGUAACAGAGCAGUAUUUAAAGCUGAUCAAGACCAUGUUCCAAUUUUGAAGAGGGAAUGCUCAGGAGAUGCCUCUGAAUCUGCCUUGAUGAAGUAUGUGGAGCUAUCCGAAGGAAGUGUGAAGGAAAUGAGAGAUAAACAUACCAAAGUUGCCGAGAUCCCAUUCAACUCGACCAACAAGUAUCAAGUAUCCAUUCAUGAAAACCCAGAUCCUGACGACAAGCGCCAUAUUCUUGUGAUGAAGGGUGCUCCCGAGAGAAUCCUUGAUCGUUGCUCAACAAUUUUGAUGAACGGUGAGGAAGUGGCGCUUGAUGAGAAAAUGCAGGAAGCUUUCAAUGCUGCUUAUCUCGAGCUGGGAGGCAUGGGUGAACGUGUGCUUGGUUUCUGUCAUUUCUUCUUGCCGUUGGAAGAUUUCCCUCCAGGAUUUGAGUUCAACACAGAUGAGCCUGUCAACUUCCCUCUUGAAAACCUGUGCUUCGUUGGUUUAAUGUCUAUGAUUGAUCCACCUCGCGCCGCUGUUCCUGAUGCUGUCAGCAAAUGCCGCAGUGCAGGAAUCAAAGUCAUCAUGGUGACAGGUGAUCAUCCAAUCACAGCCAAGGCCAUCGCCAAAGGAGUCGGAAUUAUCUCAGAAGGAACUGAGACUGUUGAAGAUAUUGCCACUCGUCUGAACAUCCCAAUAGAAGAGGUUGAUCCGCGACAAGCCAAAGCCAUUGUGGUUCAUGGACAGCAGUUGAAGGAAAUGGUUAAGAGCGACAUUGAUGAAAUCUUGUCCGAGCACACGGAGAUUGUAUUUGCAAGAACCUCUCCACAACAGAAACUGAUCAUUGUAGAAGGCUGCCAACGACAGGGGGCCAUUGUUGCUGUGACAGGAGAUGGUGUCAAUGACUCGCCAGCUUUGAAAAGGGCAGAUAUUGGUGUUGCUAUGGGUAUCGCUGGCUCAGAUGUGUCCAAACAGGCAGCUGAUAUGAUUCUGUUGGACGAUAACUUUGCAUCCAUUGUUACUGGAGUUGAAGAAGGUCGUUUGAUCUUUGACAACUUGAAGAAGUCCAUCGCCUACACUCUGACCAGUAACAUCCCCGAAAUCAGUCCUUUCUUGAUGUUUAUCAUCUUGGACAUUCCCCUUCCGCUUGGCACUGUGACAAUUCUUUGUAUCGAUUUGGGUACUGACAUGGUUCCCGCCAUCUCACUUGCUUAUGAAAAGGCCGAAUCAGACAUCAUGAAGCGUCAGCCUCGUGAUCCUCUCAACGACAAACUUGUGAAUGAAAGGCUGAUUGCUAUGGCUUACGGUCAAAUUGGGAUGAUUCAGGCUACCGCUGGUUUCUUUGUGUACUUUGUCAUCAUGGCAGAGAAUGGAUUCUUGCCUGGUUAUCUCUUUGGUUUGAGAAGACCCUGGGAUAACAGGGAGAUAAAUGAUUUACAAGAUUCUUAUGGCCAGGAGUGGACUUACAAUCAACGUAAGAUCCUGGAGUUCACCUGCCAUACUGCCUUCUUCGUCAGUAUUGUGAUUGUGCAGUGGGCAGAUCUGAUCAUCUGUAAGACCAGGAGAAAUUCUCUCUUCACACAGGGAAUGAACAACUGGUUCUUGAACUUCGGUCUGGUCUUCGAGACCUGCUUAGCUGCCUUCCUCAGCUACACUCCUGGCAUGUCCAAUGGACUGCGCAUGUACCCGCUAGCUUGGCAGUGGUGGUUCCCAGCCAUGCCUUUCAGUCUUGUCAUCUGGAUUUACGACGAGAUUCGUCGUUACAUUCUGCGUAGAUACCCCGGAUGCUGGCUUGACCAGGAGACUUACUAUUAGAAUUGUUAAAUCACCUGAUCACCUGACAUUCGAUGUUACCUGAUAACUGCAGACUUCAACUAACUUUGUCUCCUAAGUAUGCAGAGUUGUCGAUAUCAGUGGCAACUUUUUCCCUUUUUAAUUAUCCUACCAUUCUCUAUGUAUCAGGCUUAGAACUAAGCCUUUAGCUAGUCAAAUGUGUGUGUUAAGUGUGUAGGGUUAAGUUUCUUUAGGUGUGUCUGUAUUCUUAGUGGAACGAUUUCUGGAAACGUAAAGUUGUAAAACGUUGAAUUCAGAAUUGUACCAUGAUUUGUGAUCAGCGGUAUUUUAAAAUUUAAUUCGUGAAACUGUGUACAUGUAUGUGGUCUUGAAAGAGUGACGUCAGGGUGCUAAUUUACAGCAACGUCCGAAGUGACCUCCGAUGUAGGAAAAAGAUUGUAAAAAAUUUAUUUUGUUAGAUCGGAAGGCAGCAAAGUGGAAAACAAAUCAGAAAGGAAUGUGGUUAGUAAAGGAUGAACCAUGACGUUUCUCUUUCAAUCCUCUGACCUCCAUGUUCUGGUUAUUAAUUCAUUACCCUCCGUGCAUUACUCUCUAAACUGGCGGAGGGAAUCUGGUGUGAACGCCAGAUUACACCAUCCCCGUGAUGAGCUUGUUUCGUCUCAUCACCUGAUUGGCGGAUGGUAUUUUAAACCAGCUAGGGGAAGUUGCAGUGUGAUCAAGACUUGGGGGUUAAAGGAAUACAGUUAGCGUGUUUGUACGAAUUGUCCCUCAAUUAUUACAGAUACUGAAAUUACAGUCUUUAUCACUCCUCUGAACGGUAGAAUAGAAAGCGCUGUCCUCAUUCAGUUUAAUCUUGGCACAGUAAUUUUCUCGCGCAGCAUUUUGUAGUAAUUUUACGAAUGUUACUCCAUUAAUAUAUUUAAAAGAAUGAAACUGAGUUUUUCUUUUUUUAUUUUGUGAACUCAUUGUAACGGACCGUUUGUAGUAAGACAUUUUUAGAUUUGGCUAUCGUACUUUGUUAGAAUUUAUUCUACAUUAUGUUAAGACCUUUAAGAUCGGAAACGGAGCAGUUUUCAUUAGUUUGGAAUUAAGCUUUAAAGCUAAGAGGCCAAAGUUGAGUAAAAUCUCUGAUGUACUGAUAGUAGCACGGCCUUAGAACUCGUGGUUCACAGGUGUAGUGACUAAGUAAACAACCUUUGAGGUAUUUUAUCAAUCGACUUUCCCUAAAAAACGGAUUUUGUGUUAACAUCGAAACGACAGCAACGACAUUGCAAGCAGCACCAACAAGAAAAACAAAACAAAAGAAAUAGCCGAAGUUAGUGUCGUAGAGGGAAAGGCCGUGGUAACUAUAGCAUAAAUACGACGAGGAAUGUUAUCUUAAUGUUAUGCUUAAUUUUCAACAUCGACUUAGUCUAUCAAUUUAUUCGGAAUCGUGCUCAUUCGUUUUAGAGAAAGCAUUAGAAUAUUGGCUUCGUGGUUAAAUACUUGCUAAAACUUGAAUUUUGCUUCUUAAGUUUCUUUGCUAACCUAACCUUCGGGCAGCUCUUAAGUUAGUAGAGUAGUUUGCUUUGCAUGCAUCGCAAUUUGGAUGAUACAGUAUAAAUGUAACUGUUUCAUUGUAAAUUUAGGGAACUUUUAGAUAGCAACGACGGUCAAUGGCAGAGUUUUACCUGCUGAUGAUACGUGUCAAUUUUCUUUGAUUUACGUUCUAGCUUAUAUGAGAUGGAUUUGUAAUCAGUUUACCGUCAUUAAAAAUGGUAACUU